AUGAAAAAUAUUGGUGGAAUUUUACUAAACUUCAGUUUAUUCAUCGGAUGCUUUAUGACAUGUUCGACGUCUAAUACGCCUAAAGUGCAAGUCCAUUCUGGUGAAAUUGCAGGUGGAUUUGAAUAUACCUAUAAUGGUCGAAAAAUUUACUCAUUCUUAGGCAUACCAUAUGCAAGUCCUCCAAUUCAAAACAAUCGAUUUAAAGAACCGCAACCAGUACAGCCUUGGUUGGGAGUAUGGAACGCCACCGUUCCUGGAAGUGCCUGUUUAGGAAUAGACUUUGGAUCAAUUUUAUCUGAUACUAAAUUUAUUGGUCAGGAAGAUUGUUUAUUUCUCAACGUUUACACCCCUAAGCUUCAACAAGAGAAGACUCCAGGUGAUUUAAUGAACGUAGUAGUGCACAUACAUGGAGGUGGAUACCAUUUUGGCGAAGGCAUAUUAUAUGGUCCACACUAUCUUUUGGACAACAACGAUUUCGUUUACGUAUCGAUAAAUUACCGCUUGGGCGUAUUAGGAUUUGCUUCCACCGGCGAUGGUAUUUUGCCUGGAAAUAACGGAUUGAAAGACCAAGUAGCUGCAUUGAAAUGGAUACAACAAAACAUCGUGGCAUUUGGUGGUGACCCCAACAGCGUCACCAUCACCGGCAUGUCUGCUGGAGCAAGUUCUGUUCAUAACCAUUUAGUUUCACCAAUGUCUAAAGGAUUAUUUAACCGAGCAAUUCUUCAAAGCGGAAGUGCUUUUUGUCAUUGGUCGACUGCUGAAAACGUUGCUCAAAAAACAAAGUAUAUUGCAACCCUGCUAGGAUGCCCAACAAAUAAUUCAGUAGAUAUCGUUGAAUGUCUUCGUUCUAGACCAGCAAAUGCCAUAGCAAAAUCAUUUCUGAACUUCAUGUCAUGGAAACACGUUCCUUUUGCACCGUUUGGUCCAACUGUUGAAGUAGCUGGAUACGAAAAAUUCUUACCCGAUAUUCCAGAAAAACUCAUUCCACAUGACAUCCCAGUACUGAUUAGUACUGCCCAAGAUGAAGGUCUUAUUUUAGCAACAUAUAUUGAGUUAAAUAAUGGCUUAUAUGAACUUAACAAUAAUUGGAACGCAUAUUUACCACUUCUUGUUGAUUAUAAUCACACGAUUUCAAACGAGAGUCUGAGAUUCAAAACUGCCCAAGAUAUAAAACAGUUUUACUUUGGUGACAAACCAAUAUCAAAAGAAACCAAAAGUAAUCUUGCACAAAUGAUUUCAGAUAGAUCAUUUUUAUAUGGUACAAGUAAGGCAGCUCAGCACAUUGCUGCAAAGAAUACCGCACCUGUAUAUUUCUACGAAUUUGGGUAUAGCGGUAAUUAUUCUUACACAGCUUUUUUCGAUCCAAAAUCAUAUUCCCGAGGAUCAAGCCCAACUCAUGGCGAUGAAACAAAUUAUGUUUUAAAAGUGGACGGUUUCACCGUUUACGACAAUGAUGAAGAUAGAAAGAUGAUCAAAACUAUGGUUAACAUUUGGGCAACCUUUAUUAAAACUGGAGUACCAGAUACUGAAAAUUCAGAAAUUUGGUUACCUGUUUCUAAGAACCCAGCAGAUCUUUUCAGGUUCACUAAGAUUACUCAACAACAAACAUUUGAAGCCAGAGAACAAUCAAACCAUG